GGUGAAAGUAGGCGAAAUGUCUUCAGGCAUGUUCUCUGUAUGGGUUGUGCUUGGGAUCGAGAACCCCUUUGGCCAAAGUCGCUCCCUGGUGACCUUUGUCGACCAAGAAACAGCCGACGAAUGGUGGCGCGCCAUCUCGGAGAAUGCAGAGGCGGCAGCCCUCGUCCGUCGCUUGACGCCUCAGCUAUACUCGUAUACUAGGGAAUCCUGGGGAGAUGACUCUCAGACUCCAAACCUCUUAACGGCCAGGGGUCGAUUCGCAAAUGUCACUCAUCGGUUCUUGGGCAAGUUCGUCUUGGAAUUCAGGGUCCAACAAGCAGACGGCACAUUGGAUAGAGCGGCAUUCACCCUCAAUCCUGGUCCGCAGCAAGUGACAGAUCGGGUUAGCGGGAACUGGUUCUGCAUCCGCUCCAAAAUCGCACCGCAUUUCUACUGGAUCAACGACGGUAGUGGUUGCAUCAAGCUCUCCGAUAAAGGCCGUUCGAGAUUCCAAGUCGCCAUUCAUAAUCCAGGGCCCACCGUUCCCGAGAAGGCGGUCAUGAUCCCCUCUGACCACAUCACCAUACGCACGUCGGGAGGGGCGUAUCUCGGUUUACAGCAUGCUGAAGGGCGAAAGGUGCUGACAGUCACUGAGACACUUCAGACGGCGUUCAGGUUUAGUGAGCUAGCUGCGGGUAAUUUUGGUUGUGCAGGUGGAUGUCUACAGGACGGCGCUUCACUGUGUUUCAUUGAGGGGGCUGCUCCAGGAGCAGGGGAGGCUUGGGAACUCGUUCAGUAA